AUGACGAGGGUUCGUGAGUGGGGCCUGCAGGACCGGCCCCUCAACACGGUCAACUUCGAGAGCCCCUCGCACACGGGCACCCUGCUCAGCGGCCUCAACACCCUCAGGGCCAAGGGGCUGUUGCUGGACGUGACGCUGGUGGCGGACGGCGAGGCGUUCCAGGCCCACCGUGUUGUCCUUGCAUCAUGUAGCGAUUAUUUCCGAGCCAUGUUUACGGAUGCUAUGAGGGAGUCACGACAAAGUAAAAUAUGUCUCAAUGGAGUGAGUGCAGCUGGAAUACGGCUGCUUCUUGAUUAUGCGUACACAUCGCGACUUGCCUUGAACCUUGCCAAUAUUCAGGACGUUUUGUCUGCUGCAAGUCACAUACAAGUUGUGGCAGUUGUUGAAGCUUGCUCAAAUUACCUGCAGGCCCAGUUAGAUCUUGAAAAUUGUGUAGAUAUUGUCACUAUUGCUGAAACCUACUCACUAAGUCAGCUCAGACGACGUGUCUACCGAUUUAUGUCUGCACAUUUGUGUGAGUUUUCACAAACUCCAGAUUUUCAUAGAUUAGCCCUCCAGCAGUUUGAACACUUGCUGGGCUGUGACUUUCCCGUGGACUGCCCUGAAGUUGAUGUCCUUCGUAUAGUUCUGCGCUGGCUCCAGGGCGUUGAUAAUUUGAGUCAUACUCAAAGAGUGAACUGUGUUCAGAGACUCUUGAGAAGAGUCCAUUUCUCUGAGAUAUCUGCAUGGGAAGUUGAGACACUCCUUGCUAAAAUGAAGCACAGUCCUGUCGAGCAACAAUUGUGCCGACUUGUUGUGGCAGAAGCUUGUCGACAAGGUCGUAUCAGAGCCUCUUCCGUGUCAACCAGCGGCUCAAAUCCUUUAACUCCUUGUGCCUUGGCUGUAACUUCUCCUGCUGGGCCCAGCAACCUGGUCAACUCAAGGGGCAUGGAACUAGCUGUUGUCAAGGUUGGAGGGUUUGGUCUUGCUGGAAUUACAAAUGAGAUUACAUAUUUUUUGCCAAGUGCUGGUAAAUGGAAACACCUCACAACAAUACCUCAUGUAGAGCAAUGCAACUUUGGAACUGCAGUUCUAGAUAAUGAACUUUAUGUAGUAGGUGGAUGCUUCAAUCAAUCCUUACAGGAAAACAUUCAUCCUUUUGGCUUUCGAUAUAGCCCUCGUUCAAAUAAAUGGACUACCAUGGCUCCUAUGCAGCGUGAAAGGUGCCGCUUCUCUCUUAACGUAGUCCUAGGAAGACUGUAUGCUAUUGGCGGAGCCAGUGAAAUGGAUGAUGAGGUGGCAGACGAUGAGGUCAGUGCCUGUGAGUGCUACGAUCCUGAAACUGACAGCUGGGAGAGUGUAUCGCCCCUACCUGGAUUCAGGACUCAGCAUGCAGGGGCUUCUUGGUCAAGACAGUCUGAGAAUCUGCAUUGGCUGUUUGUAUCAGGCGGUUUGGACCGUGAUGUUGUCCUUACGUCAAUGCGUAGAUAUGAUGUAUCCUCUGACACCUGGGUGUCCAAAGCACCCAUGUUAACACCACGAGCUGAUCACGUAAUGCUAAGUAUGGGUGAGAGAGUGUUCGUUUGUGGUGGAUGGUAUGAGGACACCGAAACUGGAAACAGAGUUCUUGCUGAUACAAUUGAUGCAUAUGAUGUCAUGAGUGACACAUGGGAAACCAUAACAAAUGUUCCUACUCCUCGAUACCAUGCUGGUAUUGUAGGUGUUGACUCCAAGAUUUUCUUUAUAGGUGGAUUUUUAAGUGAUGCAAUGUUUGACAGAGCAACAGCGGUAAUUGAAUCAUAUGAUUUAGAUUCAGAUACUUGGAGUACUGGUGAAAAAUAUCCUCAAGAUAUUUGGGAGCAUACGUGUGUAACAUUAUACAUUCCAAGGUGUAGAGAUGAUAUGGAAGUCAUGGUGGCCAAUCAUGGCCGUUCUUAGACUCUGUAACUCAAAAAUGUUAAAGUACUCAGUCAUGACAUCAGUACUCGGAAUGUUACUUUAAAAUAAUAAGAUGACAGUUGACACAUUCUUUUGUGUCUGUGUUGUUUGGUUUGUUGGUUAGGACUUGUGGGCGUAAGUCAGAGUCAGAGGCCAAGAAAGGCAACUGGAACUGGAUAAAUUUCCGGUGCCCAUGAGUUCUCAAGGUCGGAGACCGUCACGAACCCUGCAUCACAACAAUGCCCACAUGUUUUCAAGCAAAUGCACUUUAUUAUUAUUUGCAUUUCUGUUAAUAAGGCUGUGCCAUUGUAAAUUCUGCUGAAUGUUUCUCUUCUCUUGUGGCCUGGCAUAGAUAAAGAUCUGCAGCAAUUUUUCUGAAGCUACCCGCAUUUUCAUAAAACCUGUCAAAAUUACCGAAUUUUGUAUUGAGAUGUUAAGUUUUGUAUUGUUUAGUGAUAAUUUUUGUUACUAAGUGUGGAUUAUGUCCAUGAAUCUUGUCUCAUUAUCUAAUUGUAAGCAAGUUGAUUGUGUGUUUUGCUCAAAUCCUGUAAAAGGGAAUUUUUCUAUACUCUUAUUUAUUUAAUGCCUUAUUUAUAAUUUAGAACUAUCAGCAUCCUUAUGAAAAGGAAACUGUAUUGUGGGCCGUAAGGCCUUAAGGUCUUAUAGACAGUCCUAAGCAUAAGUAGUGAAUUCGUUUUUCUCCUUUGAGUGGCCCUUGAUGCAUUUUCCUAUUUGAAAGCUUUGCUGUGAGGCUAUGAAUUGAUACUGUGUUGUAGAGACUGAGGGAUAGAAUCUUGCGCUUUAUAUAAAAACCAUGAUUUAAAAUGUGGAUAAGAGCAUAUACUUGAAACCUUUCUCUGCCAACUGCCUUGUAGAAGACUGAAGAUGGUUUUUGUUUAAAGCUAUUUGCAGCCUUCUAUCCCUUUUGUGAUUCAUUUUUGUAUGAGCAGCACUGUUUUGAAAUGACGACAUUGUCCGAUAAUUUUGUAUUGUUGUACAAAGCCAAACUGAAACGUAUGCAGUUCAAGUACCCUUACAUUCUUUUAUCAUUCGUUUUCGUUUUUUGGAUUUUAGUUAUUUGAUCUAACAAGUAAAAAGAAAGAGAGAACUUACAAAAUAGUUGUGCAGUGUCAAACAUGUUUUUACAAAAAAGUUAAUGCACUCGACUGCUGUUUUGUUGAUUUGGAUUCCUAAACUAACUCGUAAAACUCCUGUUCAAUCCACUUGCAUAGUUUUUACAAUACUUGUAGUUUCAGGCAAUGAAACAAUCUUAUACUAAUAAUUACUUAUAUUUUAUGUACUGAUUUUGUCAGUUGAGAGCAAGUUAUGCUUAAAAUACCAUGCAUCUGUUUUGCUGGUUCGUUUGGCUCACUGCCAUUUUCUCCACUUUUGUUUUUCUAUUACAUUCUGUAGGGAAGAAGUCUUUUCUGUUUCAUUAACUUUAAAAGCGGAAGCCUUCUAAUGUCUCCAGUCCAACCUGUUGGUCAAUGCCUGUAUAGCCAUUGUGAUAUUUAUUAUUCAUCAAUUUUAUUUUAUGUUUUUGUUUUAAUAAAUCACUGUACGAUUAA